AUGGCUGUCAUGAUCUUGGCACGCGAACCAGGUGUUAUAGUGCGAAAAGAAUUGGAGCCGUUUUUUAUAACAGCCAAAAGACCAAUCAUGAAUUGUAAAGAAAAGUGCAUCACUAAGACCAAGAAAGCGAAGCCGGAUCAAGACUUUCGCGGAGAUGGACUUCCUGCUUCUGCUGAGCCAGGACUGACUCGUGACAUCCUUGUAUCUCACAUGUCGGUCCAGUUAAAAGCCUGCAAUCAAGUGACUGGGAGAUGCAAAAGAGGCCGUUUGGAGUCCCCUCCAACAAAAAAGGCUACCGAACCGGAAAGUACUAUGAUGAUAAUCUGUACCUAUAACGCACGUACGCUUGCAUCAGGAGCCCCCAUCGAACAUCUGAUUAUGCAAGCCAAGAAAGUUAAGUUCAACGUCACCGAGACGAAGCGACGCCACCCACUGAAAGCCGUAUAUAGCACUGGAGAAGAACUGUUCUUAGGAACAUGCGAGUACAGGGCUAAGAAGAAGAAGCCGAAGCUUUCUAAUAUGGACCUGGAGUUCUAUCGAGAAGAUGCCUUCUACAAGGCCUUAAUUGGUGAUUUCAACGUCAAAAUUGGCACAAGAAGAACGCCUGAGGAACUUCACAUCGGGACCCACGGCUUUCAAUGA